UGCACAAGGAGUGCCUUAGGAGUGCCUUUUUGUUAAUAAGAGAUGGUUUGAAAACAGUUUGAAUACAUUUUUAUCUAAUGUUUCAUCUUGUUUCCCAGGUUCAUCUUGAACGGAAAUAUGUUGUUGACAUUGAUAAAAAUAUCGAUAUCACCAAGAUAACUCCAUCAACAAGAGUUGCUCUCCGUAAUGACAGUUAUGUGCUUCAUUUAAUCUUGCAAAGCAAAGUUGAUCCAUUGGUCAACCUCAUGAAAGUUGAAAAGGUUCCAGAUUCCACAUAUGACAUGAUUGGCAGUCUUGACCAGCAAAUUAAAGAGAUAAAGGAGGCUGUGUGCACAGAAUCUGGGAUGUUUGCUCUGUGGGAGAGGAGGGUUGAUGUAACACAAGAAGAUUUUGAGAUGGUAGUGGCAAAGGUUCAUCUUGAACGGAAAUAUGUUGUUGACAUUGAUAAAAAUAUCGAUAUCUCCAAGAUAACUCCAUCAACAAGAGUUGCUCUCCGUAAUGACAGUUAUGUGCUUCAUUUAAUCUUGCAAAGCAAAGUUGAUCCAUUGGUCAACCUCAUGAAAGUUGAAAAGGUUCUAGAUUCCACAUAUGACAUGAUUGGUGGUCUUGACCAGCAAAUUAAAGAGAUAAAGGAGGUUUGCCUCGUGUACCCUUUUACUUUCUGCAUUUAAACUGGUAGUGGCAAUGGUGACAGUGAAGUGCA